AAAGGAGCAGAUAAAGACCAACCUUCAGUUAAGUGACCACGAUGGCGAACAAUACUUUAAGGUCAGCCUUGUUCACUUUAACUGUCAUUGCAAUUUCUUUUGUCGUUCUGUACGUAGGUUGGAUUAACUUGAUAACUAUGCGUAUUCAAGGUUUACACAAUCGCACAGAAUGGGCCGUAAUCAGAAGUAGAAUGGUUCAGCAGCCAAAUGACGAAGGAUCAAUAGAGUCUAUGAACCUAAAGAGACUGGCAACGAUCAGGGACUUCUGCAGAAGGAAUAAUAAAACCAACGAGUCCCUGCAGGAUAUCUCGAAACUUAACAUCAUCGUUAAUGAAGAGUAUAAAAUAUUAUUUUGCUACAUUCCAAAAAUUGCCUGUACUCAAUGGAAAAGUGUCAUGGCAAGUCUUUACGGUCCACAACUUAGGUACCCUGGGAUUCACGAUGCAAGAAAUUUUAAUUUUCUGAGUAACUAUCCAGCAGAUGAAGUCAAAAGGAUGUUGAAAACAUAUUUUAAGUUCGUGUUUGUUCGAGAACCUUUCGAGCGGCUUUUAUCUGCUUACUUGGAUAAAUUCCUACGAGGUGAACCCGCCUUUCACCAUAAUUAUGGAAAACGCAUUAUUACGCUGUACAGACCGGGAGGUAAUCCAGAAGAUAAAAACGUCAAAUUCGACGAAUAUUUAAACUACGUUCUACACAUCGGGGACGGAUACUGGAACGAGCACUGGCAAACUUACAACAACCUCUGUCAGCCCUGUGGUAUUUCUUAUGAUUUCAUUGGACACUUCGAAAAUCUUGAAGAAGAGGCUCAAUAUGCUUUAGAAAUAUCUGGUGUAACAAAAAAGGCGAAUGUCUCAUUUCCUUCGGUCAAACCAUCGCUAACCUCAUCACAAGUUCCAUUUUUCUACAAACAAAUCCACAAGGAGCGGCUUUACGGAACUAUGCAGUUAUUUGGACCAGACUCUGAAAUGUUUGGAUAUGACUUGCCAAAAUCAUUUUAUAAAAUCAUUUCUGAACUCAGCCAGCAGAACAGAACGAAUGACGAUCCCUAAUAAAAGUUGUGGAAAGAGAAGAAUGGUAGGAAUCGCUCAAUAGAGACUUUGGUAUUGGGCUCCGCAUCUUGGCUUUAAACACGAGAACUCCGCAAUGAAAACAUUCCCAUAAUAGUUCAUUCCCUACCUCUGGGGCAAGUUUCUUCCUUAGGUGAUGAAAUGGAGUGCCAAAUAAAUAAUUUUGUUCUGUUCAAUCGCAUUUUUUAUUUUUUUCAUGUACUGUAGAUAAA